AUGGCCGAUAUAUACAAGUACACAUUGGAGCAGUUGGACAAAUUGGAAGAAAACACGGUUUUGUCCCAAUUCACUAGUGAAGAUGCUUGGAAAUUAGGAAGUUUAGCUAGAAAACUUGCAAUUGAAAAAUAUCCCCAUAAAGCAAUUGUCAUUGAUAUCACUUUGAAUGGUGGACAAGUAUUAUUUCAUUCUGUUGUUAAUGCAGGUACUGCCAUCGAUAACGAUGAAUGGAUCAAUAGAAAGAAGAACACGGUUUUAAGAAUUGGUAAAUCAAGUUUUUACGUUGGACAAAAAUUAAGACUUAAAGAAAAAUCAAUUGAAGAUGGCCUUUUCAUUUCUUCUAAAGACUACGCUGCUCAUGGUGGUAGUGUUCCAAUGAAAAUCAAAGGAUUUGACGGGAUUAUUGGGGCUCUUACUAUCAGUGGGUUAGCUCAAGAACAAGAUCAUUUAUUAUCGAUUGAAGCUUUGGAAAAAUACAGUUCAUAG